AUGACGAAGUCCAAGCGCAAGUCUCACAUCCUGCUAUGGGCAAAGAAACUCGGGAGUUGUUUAACCAAAUGUCACCCACGCCGCAAAAAGAAGGCUUCAUACAUGGAUAAAAGUGAAUCAAUCCAACCGCCUUACCGUACAAGCAUUGCGAACCACAUGUCACGACAUACACUAUCUAUCCGAAGAUCAAGAUCCACCACCGGGAAAACAGGGACUAUGAACUCGAAAACGACCAGCACGAGCACCAAUUGGGCUUUGCCUUCGCAAGGCAAGCUUCAACCGACAACUCGGCAUAACCUCCGCCGUGAAAAGACCAUUCGGCUUGUAAAUGCAAGCGUGAGCUCGUUAGUCGGAGGCCGCCCAACAUCACGAUCAGCCAAGUCUCCUAUAAGAAGAGAAGAGCCAUUGCCUGGCCCUCGAUCAGUGCUUUCGUGGCUAGAUUCGUUCCAGGCCCAACAAGUAUUCCACAGAGACUCACCACGAUCACCUACACUAAGGAACGACUCUGCUGCAGACCUCACUACUCGAUCGGGCCAAAGACGUCCCAACCGCACAGAUAAUCUAUACAGCCCAACUUCGCCGUCAGUAAAUAGUACAGCAUCUCCACACGGGAAAAUGAGCACCGGAGCACGGAUUUGCUACCCGCCUUCAAUUCACUCUCACGUCGCCUUGAACACCAUGUUGACCGAAAGUGUAAGGGGAUGGGAGCAGGAUUGGGAUAAGCCACUUCAACACCGCGUCGGUAGCUCAAAAGGCCUAUGGAGGACCGCAUCGCAACGUCUCUUGAUCAAGAACAAGGACAGCAUCCGCCGUCUCAAUGCCGAAAAGGCCAAGAAGAACAAGAGUGUUGAUAUGACAGAGGUACAGAACCGGCCAAUACCCCAGACGAGGAGCAUAGAAAGCAUCCAGGAAAUGGUCGAGGAAGAGCGGAGGGCAGACGAAGAGUGGAGUGGAACGUGGAAAGCGUUUGAUCGAGCAUAUGGCCGGGCUGGAACGGUAGCCGGGUAG